AUGGCUCUUACGCUUCAGCAUACGCAACCUUGCCAGCAGUUCUAUCUGGAUAGCCUGCCCAUAACUGCGGAAUACGUCGAGCAGCUGCAUCCUAGUCACCCGACGGUACAUCGCUUGAGGCUUCUACCAGGCUCAUUCCGGCACAAUAUUCCACCAUCAGUCAUAACAAUCAUCAUCAAGCAACAGAAGGAUGGCUGGGAGAAGGAGUUCGAGGUUGAAAAAGGGGCCUACGAAAAAUUAGACGAGCUUCAAGGGAUAGUGAUUCCUGAACUAUAUGGCCAGGGCUCUUUUAACGGGGUCCCAGCGCUUAUUCUUUCCGAUGUUGCGGGAAACACGCAACAAGACUGA